UGGGAGAUAAUAUGUGUCUUUCGGCAGAUAAAACUACCUAGGUAUGUUCGCUGUAAACUUGUCGAUGGCCGAAUCCACGAUAUAUGCUUCCCGUUUUUUUUUCUUCUGUUUUUCUUUUUCUCGUUGUGAUGUCGGUAAUGUGCCGUGUGGUGUUGGUGAUGUGGUGGGCUUGGUGCGAACCACAGUUCGCUUGUUGGUCGCCUUUCUCCGAAGACAGGCUGCGGUCGCCACCCAUUCCAGGCCUCGUUGAUGUCCGCCCUAUUCCACGUGGCCGGGGAGUCCCCCCGGAGCGAGAAACAAGGCAAUACCAAUGAGAAGAGCCUUGAAGCCGGAAUCCAAACACCACACAUACGCUCCCCUCCCUACUUCCCUUCCACCCCCCGCAAAUCCCGCC